AUGGGAUGCGCCAUCGUCGUCUCGGAGCCCAGCGUGCUGCAGGACCUGGCGAGCAUGCUCAGGGCCGGGGACGGCGCGGACGUGACGUUCGUCGUAGGCGGGCGGUCGUUCCCGGCACACCGGUGCGUGCUCGCCGCGAGGUCCGCGGUGUUCAGGGCGGAGCUCUUCGGCCCCAUGAAGGAGAAGGCCGCAACGCGCGUCAAGGUCGACAACAUGGAGCCUUCCAUCUUCGAGGCGCCGCUUUGCUUCGUGUACACGGACACUCUGCCGGACGGUGACGGCGGUGUUGCCACGGACGACGACAAGGACAGGAAUGUGCCGAUGCAGCACCUGCUGGUGGCCGCGGAUCGGUAUGGGCUGGACAGGCUUAGGCUCAUGUGCGAGGUGGGGAUGUGCCAUAGCAUCGACGCGGACACGGUGGCGACUACUCUGGCUUUAGCCGAGCAGCACCGCUGCAUGCAGCUGAAGAAUGCUUGUCUUGGAUUCAUAGCUUCGCGGGGCAUGCUUGGUGCUGUCGUGCAGACCAGUGGGUUCUGUCAUCUUGUCGAGAGCUGCCCUUUGGUUCUAUUGGAGAUUUUGGACAAGCUAGCUUCUCUAGGAAUGUAG